GGGCGAUAGCGAGCUAACAAACACCACCUGUUGCUACCUUGUUUUCUCAGCAAGGAAGCUGAUUGAGACUUUAUUAGCUAGCGGUUGUGUUUUGUUUUGUUUCUCUGUUCGAUGCAAGAACGUUGUUUUAACGCUUCGAAUAAACAAAUGAAUGAAUAAGUCUGCCAAUAUUAUACAUCCAAGAUCAAAUAUUGCUCCAAACUGGACUUUCUGACAAAAUGUAGGUGAUUAUACAAAGGGCAUUGUCACAAGAGGAUCAAUAAUGCUGCUUCACAUCCAAAUAUAGUAAAAGUUGGAUUCAAGCAAAAGUGCAAGCAAAAGUGGCUGAUUCAGCUCUGGUGUCAUGACGUCAUCGUGGUGACUCUUCCUUCUUUUACAAGCAGACUGGGUCUCGCUGCUCUUCCACAUUGUCAGAUUCCAUCUCGAGGAGCGUGGAAGUGGACUCUCUUUCUCUCGCUGUCUAUGUGUUGUUGUACACGGCGGACACGCAGACAUGACGUCACAGGCGCGAUGGAUUCCUCAUCUUCUUCGUCUUCUUUUGACUUUUGCAGCAUAAAGGGGACCUAGUGAGUGUGCGUGGCGGCGAAAGAGUAGCAAGCAGGUUUCUUCCUCUCCCUGUGACAUCAUCACAUCAUGCCUGAGGGGUCACGGCGGGGAAGUCCCAGAUCGUCCGGCAAAGCAGCUGCCAAGCGUCCCUCCUCGGUGUCCUCGCUGAGCGGCAUUGUGGGUAGGAUGAUGUCCUCGGCCGAGCGAGGAGCCUCGUCCUCCUCGUGCACAUCCGUCAACACCGUCUGCUCUGACUGUGAGCGACCCGCCUCGCUGUCCCUGUCCUCCUCCACCUCCUCGGUGUCCCUCCAGGACGCCUCACACUCAUCCUCAUCGUCUUCGUCUUCGUCCUCGCUGCCGUACGGCGCGGUGCCGACCUACAACGCCUCCUUGUCGUCAUCGUCCACGCCCAAGAGGAACGGCUCGGACAUCAGCCUGGACCUCACCCCCCUCGUCACGCCGCACGCCGCGGGAGGCCGCGUCGCCAAAGUGUGCGGGGGCCACGCCCCCAUUGGAAGUCUGGCUACGCCUGUGGCGGGGGCGUCAGGGGCACCGCCCAGGCAGCUGUCGCGACUGGAGCGAGUGGUGAUGGAGAUCGUGGAGACGGAGCAAGCGUACGUGAGGGAUCUGAAGAGCAUUGUGGAGGACUAUCUGGGCUGCAUCAUCGACUUCGGUGGUCUCCCUCUGGCGCCAGAGCAGGUCAGCACGUUGUUCUGCAACAUCGAGGACAUCUACGAGUUCAACAGUGAACUUCUGGAGGAUUUGGAAAGGAGCCCUCAUGCCGCCGCCAUCGCUGAAUGCUUUGUGGAAAGGAGUGAAGCGUUUGACAUCUACACGCUGUACUGCAUGAACUACCCCAAUUCUGUAGCAGUUCUGAGGGACUGCAUGAAGAACCAAAGCCUGGUCCGCUUCUUCCAGGAGAGACAGACAACUCUCAACCACUCCUUACCUCUGGAGACGUACCUCCUCAAACCUGUGCAGCGCAUCCUGAAGUACCACCUCCUGCUACAGGAACUCUCCAAGCACUUGGACAAGAGCGAUCCGGGUUACGAGGUAGUGGAGGACGCCAUCAUCACCAUGACUGCUGUGGCCUGGUACAUCAAUGACAUGAAGAGGAAACAGGAGCACGCCAUCCGCCUGCAGGAAAUCGAGUCCCUCUUGGUGAACUGGAACGGUCCAGACCUGAGCGGUUUUGGUGAGCUGGUCCUGGAAGGUUCCUUCAAGGUGCAGCGGGUGAAAAAGGAGCGAGCGUUUUUCCUGUUCGACAAGAUGCUGCUGAUCGCCAAAAAGCGCACGGAUCAGUUUGUGUACAACACGCACAUCUUCUGUUGCAAUCUGCACCUCGUCGACACGCUGAAGGAGCCGCUGUUUUUCCGAGUGUCCGACUUGAUGAUCCCCAAACAGCAGCACGUGGUCCAGACUAAAAACAUGGAGGAGAAGAGGCUGUGGGUGCACUACCUCAAGAAACUCAUCGUCGAAAACCAUCCCGCUUUGCUGCCACACAAGGCCAGACAGGUCCUGGGAGACAACUUCUACCAGUCCCCACAGCUGGACCAGGACCAGCUGAAGAAAUAUUCUGCUUCCCCACGACUGGAUGACAAUCACGCUUAUCACCGCGGCAGACGGCAGUCAGAACCACCAGAACUGCUGACGUAUACGCCUGAAAAGAACAGGAAGGGUCUGCCGUUGUUGCUGGAGGGAAAUCUGCCGUACAGACGAACCAGAAGACAGUCGGCGCCAGCAAAGGAUAUCGAAGCAGCGUUUCACCCGCAUGGUGAGCAUGUUCCUCUCACUAAAUCAAUUCGUCGAUCUAGCCAAGUGCCUGCAGCACUUUUAGCUUCAGCAAUUAUGUAGACACCGUUCACACAUGACUCAUGUCUCUGUUUGUAAAACUAAUCCGCUUCAGAUGUGCAACGGAAUGGCAGUAAAGACAACCCCAGUGUCUCAGUGUAGGACUGAUUUAGGAGCAAAGGAAGCGUUUUGCAUGUAAGCUGUGUUGCAAGCGUUAUAAAGACUAUGAAUACCUAAAAUAAAUACUCAUAUAAAUCCUA